UUCUCUAUGGGGGAAGAAGAGGCGGUGCUUUGAUGCCGGAGCCAUUUCUGUCAUGCGGUUUCGAUCUAAGAUUAUAGACGUUGGAUGUCUCAAUCAUUUCAGUCGUGUGAUAAGCACAAUUGCCAAAUUAGCUAAAACCUGUACCCUGCGGCUUACUUUGGAUAAACUUUACUUCAUCCUCAGUGACAAAGUGGCAAAUGGCGGUGUUAGUAUGUGGUGUGAGCUUAACCAGAUAAACUUCUUUGAUGAAUUCCAGAUGGAGGGUGUCUCUGCAGAAAAUAACGAAAUUUAUUUAGAACUGGCACCUGAAAACCUUUCCAGGGCUUUUAAAACUGCCCAAAAUGCCAAGACAGUGAAAAUCAAAUUGACUAAUAAGCAGUGUCCUUGUCUUACAGUAGCCAUGGAGCUGUCUUCCUUGUCAACCAGUAGCCGCUUUGUGACUCAUGAUAUUCCUGUAAGGGUUAUCCCCAGAAAGUUGUGGAAUGACUUCAGAGAACCCAGUGUGCCCAACUUCGAUGUCAGUAUUUAUUUACCUGUGCUGAAAACCAUGAAAAGUGUUGUGGAGAGAAUGAAAAAUCUCAGCAGUUCUGUUGUAAUAGAAGCAAAUCUAAAUGGAGAGAUGGAAUUGAAAAUAGAAACUGAUCUAGUGUGUAUUACAACUCACUUUAGAGACCUUGGAAAUCCUCCUUGGGUAUCUUGGCAUGAUUCUCAAAAUUCUACUCAGGAAAGAGACCCUGUGAAUAUGGCUGAGGCACGCAUUGACAUUAAGAGACUUCUCCAGCUUCUUGCAGGGCAGCAAGUCAACCCUACAAAAGCACUAUGUAAUAUUGUAAGUAAGAGAAUUGUUCAUUUCAUCUUGCUCCAUGAGGAUGUCUCUCUUCAAUAUUUCAUUCCAGCCCUUGCAUGAAUUGAAAAGUAAUUCUGAUUCAUAUCUUCAAGUUGUUGAAAUAAGUUAAAAAGAAUGAAGGGAAAGAUGCUAUCUGUCUAUUAAAAAUCCAUCCUGAAACCAA